CCGAAGAUGAAGGUGUCCAUCCCCACCAUAUCAGGUGCUGCUACUUCUGAGACCUCAUCCCGGGCUGACGACCCUGAGAUGGAGGACGCAGCAACCUCAAAACCUGCUCCAUCCAAUGUUGUUAUCACUCUCCCUGAUGAUGAUGAAGAUGAGGAACCGCUGAAGCAAAGAAGGAGUAGGAAAACGUCUGCCGGCAGGGUGCCCCAGGAUGUGACGGUGCCUGAGACUCUGGUCGCGGAGGAGGAGAACACCACUCGACACACUGUGUCCUUCGUAGAUCCACUGACGAGUGCUCUGCAGCCCUCCCUCUUCACGAUGCACCACGUCCCAGAGGACCAAGCUGGCGCCGCGAAGGAGGCGAUACGCCAGGCAGGGAUCAUGAUGGAGGAGCAAGAAUCGAGAGCCCACCUUUUCUUCAAGUGCCGCUACACGAUUCGGCUAUGGAAGUAUCUUAUUGAGAAGCUAGGUCUUGCGCACAUGGAUACAUCCGAGUGGCUCAUGGACGACUCCGUCUACCAGUGGUGGGACAAGAGAACCGACAACCGCAACCCUAACCGGCAAGCCAUGGCCUCCCUAACCAUGCUCGUCUCGUGGACCAUUUGGAAUGAAAGAAAAGCACGCGUGUUCCGCCACAAAAGUGCACCGCCAACCAUCCUACUCACCGCCAUCAUCGACGAGGCCAAGCUUUUGAUGGCCGCGGGCGCAAAGAAAUUAGGGAAUAUUUUUCUGGGCGAGUAA